AAAAUCAUCGCCGUCGUGGGCGGGACGGGUAAUCUAGGAAGCUCGGUGGCGCGAUCGCUUCACGACAACCCCGACUUCCAUGUCAGAGUCUUGUCGCGUGAUCCCACGGCUGCAAAGGCACAGAUUCUGUCCAAGGACGGCAUUGAAGUCGCCAAGUGCGACAAUUGGAAGACAGAUGACUUGGAGCGAGCCUUCACUGGCUGCUGGGGGGUCUUCAUCAACAUCGAUUCAGAUGCUCCAAACUUCAAGAACAGGAUCGGCCCCUCUGAGUUUGAAAUGGGCAAAAUCAUCAUAGACGCGGCGGUCAAGACUGGUGUCAAGCAUGCAGUGCACGCGUCACUCCCAGCGGCGUCUAAGCUGACAAACGGCAAAGUCCCAGUUCUCGCCUUUGAUGAUAAGGCAGCCAUCUCAGAGUACCUUCUUGAACCAGGCAAGUUUGAGACUGCCUGCAUACUCAGCGCAGGCUGGUUUUUGGAGAAUGCCUUUGACCCCAAGUACACGGCCGCAUUUGGAGGCUUUGCCACGAUACCAGAUGCCGAAGGAUUUCUGACAUAUCGCGUGCCUGCAAUGGGCAACGAUCCUGAGUCUGUUCCGUGGUUGGCAGUAGCCGACGACUAUGGCGACUUUGUCCAUGGCGUGUUUCUAGAUCCCGAGAGGUGGAACCGUCAAUACAUCCACGGAGUGUCGGAGUCUGCAUCUUUCGCCGAGCUAACAGCCAAGUUUCAAAAG